UCGCGCUUAAACUUUCCCUCUCCAAGAGAAAGGAAAAAACAAGGCUAAUACUGCACAAUCACUUUUCCUUUUUUCAUAUUGAAGAAUUAUGGCAGAACCGUACAUCACAGACGAACGAGACUACGAAGCAAUGCAAUUAUUAGAAAUAGGAUUGGAACUAUCCGAAUCGGAAUACUCCGAGGAGGAUGAGGAUUUCAUUCCCGUUGUAGAAUUGGAUUCUUCUCCUAGGUUUUUGUUAAAUUCUGACCAAGCAACAACAACAGCUGCAGCAACAGCCGAAAAUCUCAACUUUCAGGAAGAGGAAGUAGACGUGGACGAGGAGAGAAAUAAGCGAAGAAGAGUAGAUAAACUAGGAAGUGGAGGAGACAUUUGUUGCCGUAAUGGAGGAGAUGAUGCUGAUGGAGAGAGCUCUCAAAAUAGUCAAUGGAACCGGAGUGAAUUUGAUGGGCUUUUUUGUCCUAUUUGUAUGGAAGCAUGGACCAACGAAGGCGACCAUCAUAUCUGCUGCCUUCCUUGUGGACAUUUGUUUGGUCUUUCUUGCAUCGAGAAAUGGUUAAGGCAACGUGGAAGGUUAGCCAAGUGUCCUCAAUGUAAUAGAAAAGGUACAUUGAGGGAUAUUAGGAAAUUGUUUGUGCCGAGGAUUGCUGUUGUUGAUGAAGAAUCACAGAAGAGAAUUCGAUUUCUUGAAGAAAAAUGUGCUUCUCUGGUAAAGAAGGGUGUGGAUUUGUGCAAGAAAGAAUCUGAAUGGAAAAGGAGAGAAGCUGCAUUGCAGCUUGAAGUUCAAAAGUGUAAAGAGAGGACAAUUUAUUUGGAGCAUUUAUUAGGAGAUUUGCAGAGCAGGCCGUCUGGACUUGCCACUGCCUAUAGGGGCUCUCAAGGACAUGAAUUUGGAAAUAGCAUCUACUCUGAUGUCUACCGGCAGGGAUCUUCAAGCUGCUUCAUGUUACAGAGAGAGUUGCGGGUGGAUGGUGCACGUUUAUUUGAUGUUGAUGCUUCUGGUAAAAUUUUAUUGCUUGUGCGGAGGGUACCAAAGAUGGGUGGAUCGCACGUGCUUACCAAAAUGAGCUUAAUUCCUCCACAUGAAAGUGAAGACAUUUUCCUUCCUCCCGGCACAAAAAUCAUAAAGGACUUGCAUAUAUCCCCCACUAAUGGAAGUCUCGCACUUUUUGCUUCCUUAGGCAAGAAACUGUCAGUUCUAAGUAUGGAGAGCAACAAUGUCAUCCUUUCUUAUGACUUGCCGGCUGCUGCUUGGUCUUGUUCAUGGGAUCGUAACUGCUCACACUAUGUAUAUGCUGGACUACAGAACGGUUCGCUUUUGGUGUUUGAUAUGCGUGUAACUGGGAGUCCUGUAGAAUCCAGAUUAGGGCACACAACCGACCCAAUUCAUACUGUACAGUCCCUUCAACAUAUCUCAACUCUUCCUUCUGGUCUCAAAACAGUGGUGUCUGCUUCCUCUGUUGGCAUGUGUCAAUGGAACUUUGGUGGUGAGGAAGAAAGGCCAUUUUUGAUACCUCAAACAACAAAUCAAGGAGUAUGUAUAUCCCUUGCUUAUUGUGCGAGCAGUGAUGACAUUGUUGUUUCUUAUCGUCCCAGAGUUGAAAUGUCCAACGAGGUUUUUUCUCAAACUUUACUUAAGCCUUCCCCUGUUACUGGACAAGGAGUACUUGGUUCUCAUCUUCAUUUGAAGAGAGUAGGCAGCAACUAUGAGAAAUUGGGUAUUGCAUGUUCAACUGUCAGUGGUAUUAGACUGCCCAAAUCUAGCAUCAUAGACAGACCGAAUCAGAAGCCUCUAUUUGUCACAGGGGACGAAGUUUCUUGUGGAUUGAUAUUGCAAGAGUUGCCUUCUUUUACAGCUACUCAACGGCUUAAAUCACACCAGCAUUGUAUUUAUGAUGUGAAGUACACAAGCACACACAGCCAAGGUUUACUUGGUUGCUUAAGUGAGGAUACAGUACAACUUUUCAGCACCAAGCUCUCGUGAGAAGGUAGCCUUAAACAUGCGGCUGGUCUGAACUUUUGAGGAGGCGAUCAGCCCUUGUGUUUGGAUCGAUCUUCUGUCCAGUUGAAGUCUGAUAUCAAUUUUGUAAUGUAGGAAGAUAUCAUCUGAUUAACUGGGUUCCCUCUCCCUGAAGCUGUUGUACAGGAUCAUCCUUUGAUGGUUAAUGUUGUGCCUUGCAUUGGAUUUUCUUGUAAUAUAUUGUUUUUUUCGAAGGAUGCCAUCUCUAAAAGGAGCAUUACAAUGCGGCUCCUCUUCAUUUUGUUUUUGUAAAUUCCUGAAUUGUGUACAUCAACUUUCUCACAUUCUCUGCAUAUGAUGUAAAAUUAUUUAUGUUCCGUA